AACUGUCGGGGCAAGUGUGGCCCAGAACAUACCUACGUAAUGCAAUAGGUAAUGCAGCGUGAUUGGAGCUACCUACCUAGAUAGCGUUCAGCCCCUAACAGUACGACCUGAGACCUGAGACGGCGACAUCGUCACCUGCCACUCGGAACAGGCAUCCGACCAUCGCGCAGUCAACUAAGUCCUUUCCACUUCGUAUGAUUAUGCCGCGCAUCUCUUGAUAUGUGAGCCCGGACUUCUUGAUACGCUAUUCAUCACAGGCCUCUUCUCGUCUCGCAGCAUCGAAUCGCGGUAGUCGUAAUAGGUUGUACCAAUCGGCAAGAUGGGCUGGAACAUCUUCCGCAUCCUGGGAGAUGUCUCUCAUCUCCUGUCAAAGGUUAUCAUCAUAUAUGCCAUUCAUCGCAACCGAAGCGCGGAAGGUGUCUCGUGGAUUACUCAAGUCCUAUAUGCUGUUGUUUUCUGCUCUAGAUACACCGAUAUAUUCACGGAAACGUCGUCAUGGAAUUACUUCUUCAAGCUGUUUUAUAUCCUCUCCUCUAUUUAUAUCAUCGCUAUCAUGCGCUGGCUCUAUCCACGAACAAGGGAGCGCGAGGUGGCUUGGAAGCUAGGAGCUGCGAUCCUCGCCGGGUCGCUAUUAAUAGCUCCAUUUGUGAUGCUUAUCUUUGAGGGCAAGGAGCAAUGGUCCUUCUUCACGUGGGUUUGGGAUUUCUCUCAGAUACUUGAAUCGAUCUGUGUCUUGCCUCAACUGCUUCUCCUUCGACAAACGAAUGUCCCAACUGUCAUCGAUUCAUUCUACCUCAUUUCCCUAGGCUCCUAUCGCGCUCUGUAUUGUCUCAACUGGAUAUGGAGAGAGCUAGACCCGAACGAUCGGAAGCCCAACGCCGUGUCUGUUAUCUUCGGCAUCAUCCAAACGGCACUCUACUUCGAUUUCUUCUGGGUAUAUUACACGCGACAAAGGGUUAAGCUUCGAUAUGGCGGCAUCGUCGAUGCAGAUGACAUUCGGCGAGGUUGGCUCCUUAAUCGCAUCUUCGGUAACAAGCACUUCGAGAACGAUCAAGAGGAUGAGGAGAGUGCUCCAGCUCUAGGUGGAGACGAGCACGGCAAUACCUCAUCCCAACGGAGAUCAAAGUGGGGUGCCCGUGGUAUAUCAAUUAGUGCCGACGACACGACGCUCGAGCACGAGCAACAUCACGACCCAACUGAUGAGAUUGCGGGAAGGGUCGAUCCAGAUGCCAAAAUGAAGGAUCCUGAUGAGUUUGCACGAGCUCUUGAGGAUGACGAUGAUGACGAUGAUGAUGAGGUGGCGACCCCAUCAGGAUCGAACACAAACUCAGCCAAGAACGUACCUCCUGGUGUGAACAAUGAGAAUGAAUGGCGGAAUAACUAACAGCCCAGACGUAUAAUGAGUUCGAGCAUACGGCAAUCGACUUCUUGCAGGAACAUGAGAUCCUGCUAAAUAGAGUACUUCCUGGAAUUAUCCACAAACUAAACGAUCAUUUAUUCCCCAUUUUUCUAGGUAGGACGGGGCGCAUGGGAGUCAAAACUGAGAGCAUAAACAUAAGCGACCAAUAAGACGCAAUCUGUACGAUAUUCGCAGGAUUACUAGUGUAUUGAGUAUUUUGAUCACACUUGGCAGAGUUCACUUAUCGAAAUAAUGUG